ACAAUAUUGAUUUCUAGGGUGUGAAGUUGGAAGAAGUUAGUUCACUGUUUAACGACCAAAAUGAAACUGAAAGGUCUGGUCGAGUCUUCUACUCAAGAAUUCCUUCUCCUAACCAAUAGCAGCGUUAUAAAUAAAGGAAUGUGUUAGUUGCCGCUUAAGAAAAUGUCUGAGAGAAAGUACCGAACAUUAAAAGAAUAAGGACAAUAUUCAUUCUAAUUUGUUUGUUGCAUUGAAUCUGUGAUAUUUUAAUGAUAUUUUUUUCAUAUUUUAUUUGGGCAUUUAUUCUUCGGAUUCAUAAUCAUUUCCUUUGCAUUAUAGGUUGACAAUUCAUUCUUAAAGAAAAGACUUACUAAUCUGUUCUUCAAAACAUAUUAUAUUAUAUUUUUAAAUUUUUGUCGAAAAAGAACAGGGAUAACUUUGCUGCAUUUUCACAUUGUGUUUACUUAAUAUCAACAAAAGUUAGAUAAAAGUAAAAACAGAAACGGAGCAUUGGCCUCAAAGUCUAGUUUAUUUUAAUCCCUUUACAUUUGCAACCUAAUGGGUUGUUGUUUUUGAUGUUUUAAACUUUGAUUAUUAGAUCUAGCAAAAUAUAUUCUUGAAAUAUUAAGUUCUACGUCAUCAGGUUGCAAAGAUAUAAGGAAUAGAAAAUUGAUUGUGAGGCAAGUUUUCAGUUUACUUGUAUCUUUUUAAACAGGCGCAAAGUCUAAUCGACCCAUGUUUCGUUGCAUGACGGUCUAUGUCUUUGAAUAAUAAUAAUAAUAAUCUUAUUCCAAAUUUUCAGAUUAAAAUGAGCGCUUUCCCGCGUCGUGUUCCCAAAGCUGUUGUUAAGGAAAAUGUGAACCUCAGACGAGCCUUUGUUGGGGUGUUAACUGCUUCGCCACUGGUCGUAGGUGGGGUUGGUGAAUACCUAGGCUGGUGGAAGAAAUUAGACCUUCCGGAGCCAGGAACCCCAGAGAGAAUGCUUUUUGAUACACAAAAUAAUGAUAUAAGGACAAUGAGACAGUGGAUUGGAUCUGUGCCGUCUCUAUCCAGAACUGUUUCUAUGAUUCAGGAAACAGAAAAGAAAUUGUUCCAGAUGGAUAUGUCGAUAGGAGUCAAGAAAUUUAUCCUGGAUGAAAAUGCUGCUAAGAAUGAGGAGGGGGUUGAGGUGGAUUCUCUUAUUUUUACACAAGCCCCACCAAAGCUUAAGGGGGAUUCUUUAAUUGUUGUGACAUCAUCAAAAAAAUCUGACACAGAAAAACAAGAUGGAGGACAACCAGAUGGCGGAUUAAAAAAUGGCGGGAAAACAGCUGAAUCAUAAAAAAUCUCAAAAACUAAAUUUAAUAUUUCUAGUAUAAAAUUGUCAGAGGAGUAAUAGUCUGAUUUUUAUUGCAGAA